CGGAAGUUUACAUCGUCAGCUGGAAGAUAAAUGAAUAAGGCUAGGAGGGUUAGUGCAUGGAUCUGUUAAAAGGGCUGGUGGAGAGCCACAAUGGAUCGAUUAAACUAACUGUGAAACAUUAAGAACAAUGGGGAACACAGGCAGUGAGUUGAUGCACAAGCGGCUGGACCGCUUUCGGCCUGAGGAGCGGCCUGUGAUCCAGGCUGUGUUUGACCGUCUCCUGGGCACUGGGCCCUCAGGAGCCCCCGUUAAAGCAGAGGCCAGGAGCACCUUGAGCCUGGGGAUGCUGCAGUCAGCUGUAAGCGCUGUGAUUCCAGACCCCAUGGUUCAAAGGAUCUACAGAUGUCUGUGUAGUGUAGACGCUGGUCAGGUCCCUGGUGGGUCUGGAAAGUCCCACUCAGUCUCUGUCGCAGGUGUUACUCGGGACCAGCUGGUGAUUUUUCUGGCUGAUAUUCUGAGAGGCACAGCAGAGGAACGUGCCCCUCUUGUCUUGGCCAUGUCCCAGAGCCCAGGACCACAGGCAGCAUCUGUCUCAUGUGAUCAAGUCAUCCAGUUUCUCCAGGAUUUGAUUGCUGCUGUAAUUCAGACCCUGGCCCACAGAGGGCGCCUCCAUGGCUGGAAAUCUGAGAGGAUGGGGGAUGCAGCUGCAAGUGUAAAACUGCUGUCAGAGCAAAUGUGUUCAGAACUUAAACCCUCUGAUGAGGGCUGUGACCGCUCCUGCCUGGAGGACUGGAUCUUCAGAGUGCCUAGUGUGUCCUUAUAUCUGGAGAUGGUUGUAUCUGCGGGCUUAAAUGUUUCUCUGGGGGGGCGCUCUGCCCCCACUCUGCUGCCCCCCUGCAUAAAUACUCCCUGGAAGGACCUGCACUGUCUGCUGAACCUGCCCACUGUUAUGUUCCUGGCACCACAGCUUCCGGAUCGGUACAGCGCCCCCUGGAGGCUGGUGUUUUCAACUAACCUCCACGGAGAGAGUUUUACACGGAUGGUAACUGGCCUGUUAAAGUGUGGGCCCACGCUUUUACUCAUCAAGGACACAAAGGGACAUGUAUUUGGAGGUUUUGCAUCACAGGACUGGGAGAUCAAGCCUCAAUUUCAGGGUGACUCCAGAUGCUUCCUGUUCACAGUCAGCCCCUGUCUCAGAGUCUAUAAUACAACAGGAUAUAAUCAACAUUUCAUGUACCUUAACCAGAACCAGCAGACCAUGCCCAACGGACUUGGUAUGGGAGGGCAGCAUAACUACUUCGGCCUGUGGCUGGACUCUGAUUUUGGUCGUGGUCACAGUCGUGCAAAGCCUAAGUGCACGACAUAUGGCAGCCCACAGCUCUCUGCUGAUGAAGACUUCACUGUGGACACAGUGGAGGUGUGGGCUGUGGGGAAACUCCCAGAGCCUGAUGAGGAUGAAGAGGGACAAGGAAAGAAGAGUGUUCUUGAUGCAGAUCCAGAAGUUCAAGCCAUCAUGGAGAUGACAGGGAAGACUCUGCACAGCCAGGGCCUCAGGGAGCCAGAGGACGACGAAGGUUAAUGAACAGCAUUUGUCUAAAUGAGACUUCAAAAUCUAAACUUUCUCCAGCGCAGUAUUCUGUCCUGUGAUGUAGAGCAUCCAAAAGGAUGCCCCUGUAGGAUCCCCCUGAAAAGAGAUGGAUUCUCUUUAAAUAAAUAAAUACAUAUUGGGUUUAUCAUGGUAUUCCUCCAGCUGUAUUUGAAUUUAAUAUAGUUGCCUCUAAUUAAGAAAAUUUAUAUAUUAUCUAAAUCAAAUUACAAAUCUGUCAUGUAGUUGAUCUUUUUGAAUGUUUUAAAAUUGUUUAAUUUGUUAGAACUCUUGUAUGGUAGAUGUUUUAAUUUUAACUGACUGCAAAACAAAUAUUUUGUGUAAAUUAUAUCUGUAUGUUUGCGUGAGAGUUUGGAUGAAAAGUGUGCUCAUUUGUGUAUUUGAUGUCUUGGUCUGAUGUUGGAAAGAGAAAAAAUACUGACUGCUACAAACAGUCAAA